CCCUGAGGAAGCUCUGCUGUCUCCCCAGAGCCGCUCUGAGCACGCUGUCGGCACGGACCCACCGGCAGGGAGGACGGCUCAAAGGCAUGCCAGCUCUCCCGUGAUGCCUGGCCACUGGCUGCAGCCAUGACCUGCAGGGACAGGCACAAGAUGUAGUUUGGGACCCUUCCUAGCAAGGCCAGCCUGGAGCUCUACCCCUUGAGGAGAGACCUUCAGAGGAUGAGUGGGAUAAUCCAGCUAGCUCCUGCUGCUCCCUGGUGAGCUGGGACACCAAACUCACACUGCUUCACACCUGAAGCUGGACUUGGCCUGGUCUUAGAAGGAAAUGCUGUCUCUGCUCUGUGGCCACCCCUCAGCUCUCAACGUCUUCCAUUGAACAGUUGACUUUCCACUCUAGGAGGGAAGGAUCAAAUGGGUUGAGGACAACUGGCCCUUCUUGGCUUUGGCAAAGAGGACUCUUUGGUGCUUUCUAAAGUGCCAGGACAUGAAACAGUAAAUCCCUUCUUCCUGCCCUCCUGCCUCCUGCAAGCAGCCCUGACUGAGGUCCAAGCCAGCCAGUUAAAGGGUUAACCAUAGCUGGAUGCCUGCAUGGCUGCCUUACUGAUCCCACGGAGGAGCAGAGGGAUGAGGACUCGCCUGGGCUGCCUGUCUCACAAAUCAGACUCAUAUAAUGAUUUCACAGCUAUUCUUCCGGACAAGCCCAACCGGGCUUUGAAAAGACUGUCAACAGAAGAAGCUACAAGAUGGGCAGACUCUUUUGAUGUCCUUUUGUCCCAUAAAUAUGGGCUGGCAGCUUUCCGUGCUUUCCUGAAGACCGAGUUCAGCGAGGAGAACCUGGAGUUCUGGCUGGCCUGCGAGGACUUCAAGAAGACGCGCUCGGCGGCCAAGCUGGCCUCCAAGGCCCAGCGCAUCUUCGAGGAGUUCAUCGACGUGCAGGCCCCUCGGGAGGUGAACAUAGACUUCCAGACACGGGAGCUGACCAGAAGAAAUGUGCAGGAGCCCUCCCUGUCUUGCUUUGACCAAGCCCAGGGGAAGGUGCACAGCCUGAUGGAGAAAGACUCGUACCCCAGGUUCCUGAGAUCCAAAAUUUACACAGACCUGCUGUCUCAGACCCAGAGGAGGCUCAGCUAGGACAGCCACGGGGCCCUCAGAAACCACGUGCUUCCCUCAACAGCCAAAACCCAUCUCUAAAUGUGAAACUUUCUUGGUGUUCAAAGCAGUGGGAAUGGGAAAAGAGGGACAAGGGGCAGAGGAAGCUUCCAGAGAGUGACUCUUUGACUAUCUGUGCUUUUUUUUUUGUUAGCAGUAGCACCUUGCAGUUGUUCCCUCUGUCUAGCACAAACCCACAACCCUCUCAGGGUCACCUGUGGGCAAGGCAGGUUCCCUUUGAAAUGGCUGGGUUGGUUUGUGUGUAAAUAACACCUUUCCAUCCUUCCACACAUCUCUCCCUGUCUCUCACCUCUCCCUUGUGCUCAGGAGGGCCCCAAGGGCAGUGCUGACACUUGUGAAGCCACAGCCAGCCCACCUCUCACCCUGCUGGGCUCUGGGACUGAGGGGAGGGAGACAAGAGACAAAGAAACAGGAUUCAAUCCCUUUUUUGAAGUGGGAACCAUCAGCAAACUCAGCUCACCUCCCCAUUUAUUUUUGCACACCUUAUGGCUUGGCUGCCACUCUGUCACUGCCCCUUUUCCUUCAGGGAUGGAGGCUCAGAGUACUCCCAAGGAGCUGAGUUUUCCUCAUGAGGAAGGUAAUCCCAAAAGCUCUCACUAGGCCUGGGCAGGCAAGUCUUCUAAUGUGAAUGAUUGUUUUUUGUGGCUGUUAUUUAUUUGUGUGGUAGCUCAGUCUCAGCCAUCAUUCAGGCUCUGUUGUGCUGGGCACUGGACCAAAGCCCAGCACAAAGGGGCUCCUGGCUGCCACAGGCUUGGUGACUCCUCAGGAAGGACCUGUUGGAACCCUCUGGCCCUUGCUGGGGUGUAGGAAAAGCACAAAGCCCGUCUGCCACAGCAGAUGGCAUUUUUCAUGGGGUACCUGGCCAGUGGCAAUGUGAAAAAUCCCAUUCCUGUUUUUGUUAUUUCCCUUUUACUGACUGUUCCCACUCUCUGAGUGUGUUCAGUGUUCUGCAAAGAGCUCCCCAGCACACAGACCCUGAUGCAGGGUGCUUGCCCCCAGUGGGACACAAAGCAUGGAGUGAGCAGGAUGGGUGUUGGGGCGUGCAGGGGGGGUGUGAGGGGCUCUUUGGCCCUGUUCCCAUGGCCUGGAUGGCCCCUGCAAGAGAAUUCUCUGUGCCCAUGCACCUCCUCUGGGCUGGGCAAUAAUUCCUCCCAUCUGAUGGCCCCAUUUCCAUGGCACUGCUGCUCCAGCUUGGCAGAUUCCUGCAAUAUUUUUGAGGGGAGAAGCAGACAGCCUGUCUGUGGAUUUGAGCCGGCAGACCAGAGGUCUCUUUUCUUAAUUUAAUGAAGGCCUGGAAAGUGACCCCAUGGAUCUUUUUCUUCUCUCAGACAUCCCCAGACCAGAGGCUGUAAACCUCUGCUCCAGCCAAGGGUGGUGGGUGGCUUUGAUACAUCAGAAAGCUGCUGAUAUAGACUUUGUGUAAUGUGGUGUAAAUGAGGUACAAUGAAUUCUAAAGCCAAGCAAAAUGUUUUUGGAAGAAGAUAAAAAAAUAUCUGUCUGGAUAUUAAAAAUUACUGUCCAUCAAUUAAGUAGGAAACAGCUUUUUGAGGCUUUUUGCAAAGAUGAUGUGCAGGACAGUAGGACAAACAGGAUCAAGACAGAGGUGGUAACCAUGCUGGAUUUAUUUUGGAGGUGCAUUCCUGUGGUCUCCAAGACACUGAAAUCUAAACACAUUACAACUUUAUGUUCACUAGGGAAAGCUGCUUUUCAGUGUCUGAUUGGCCAGCAGGAGAAUCCUCCAGGUUUUUGGAAGGCAAAUCCCAUCUCCAGUUAAAUUUCUGUGAGGAAUUUCCAGAAAGAGCAGCAGUGACCCAGCAUUCCUGGCUGUCCCCUGUCCCUGCAGGGACACCUGAGGAGCUGGGGCUGGACUGUGGUGACAGAGGUGACACUCUGCAUCCACAGCAGGCUCAGUGACACAGCUCCUGGGGCUGUUGAGGCCCCUCAUGGGACACGAGACACAAAGCUCAGGGUCUGGACGUGGCACAGUUUGACACAAACUUUUUGCUGCUUGCUCGAAAGCGGGAGCAGUGAAGGACAUCUGGAAAAUGCUCCAGAUUUGCCAUGAUUUCUCCAAGGGAGCCAGAUCCUGCAGGAGCUCAGUGUCCCAAAGCUUUAUGGCAAGCAAGGCAGAGUGAGACAGGUAUGAUGAACCUGAGCAAUGCAUGGAAGGAAUCAGAGGUGGAAGCAAAGGACACCGAGCCACACAUCAGUGCCUGUCCCUGGUGCUGCCUGGGCUGUAGGAAGGUGUCUUGGUUUGAAAAGCCAGGUGUCUGCUAAGGAAAGCAGGAGCCUCCCUUGAAAUGGAAAAUGUAAACCCCUCCCUCUGAAUUAUUGUAAUUUUUAAAUUAAGGGGCUCUCAGGCAAAGAUACGGGAAUAGGAAUAACAAUUCUUUAUCAGGAAAAUUAAAAAUACAAAUGUAAUAGGUACAAAAAAAGAGAACAAACCACUGCCAGAGUGAGAGCAGUCCCUGCCCCCUGUGUGUCAGGGUGGUGUCCCAGCCCCAUCCCAUGGUGGCUCAGCCCUCCUGCAGUGCCAGCUGUGGCUCUGCUGCAGCAGGGAUCCUGCACAAGGGGGGAGUUUUCCUCUGCAGCUCCAGGGCUGCUGCAGAUGGGCCUGGGCUCCCUCUGGCCAUGCAGGGCAGCAGAAAGCUGCUCCUCUGGCAAUGCAGGGGGCAAAGGCUGCUGUGGUGUCCCAAAGCUCAGAUUGUAUCCAGGUAGGAAUGCUUGGCUCCUCC